AUGCUGACGAUAAAGCUGCCGCAGAUCUUCAGGGUCCAUCAGGUGCCUCGGAUCUUCUGGGAGGAUGGGAUCAUGUCAGGGUACCGGCACCCCAAGAGCUCAGCCCUUGACUGCAUCCUCAGCUCCUUCCAGAUGACUAACGAGACAGUCAACAUCUGGACGCACUUCCUACCGACCUGGUAUUUCGUGUGGCGCUUCCUGGUGCUCUCAUCCUCCCUGGAUUUCUGCCAGGAGCCCUACCACUGGCCCCUGCUCAUCUACCUGCUGCUCGUCUGCCUCUACCCCUUCGCCUCCAGCUGCGCCCACACCUUCAGCUCCAUGUCGGCCCGCGCCCGCCAUAUCUGCUAUUUCUGUGACUAUGGAGCCCUCAGCCUCUACAGCCUGGGCUGUGCAUUUGCAUACGGUGCCUACGCAAUGCCAGACCACUGGGUCAGCGGUGGUUUGCACCACUACUUUGUCCCUGCGGCUGCUUUGAACUCCUUUGUCUGCACCGGUCUCUCCUGCUACUCCCGGUAUGUUUUGGUGGGUCUGGCCCAAAGCCAAGGUGCUUGCAGGGUCCUCACUGUGGGGGCUGACAGGGGUCCAUGCGUGUACCCCUUCCUCUACGACAACAUCCCACUCUUCUACCGGGUGAGUCAGGGUGUCCUGGGGCAGGGCAACUGUGCCUGGAAUGAGGCUGUGGCUGGGGACUGCUCCCACCCCCUCUUUGCACUGCUCACCGGCUUCCUCUUCACAUCCCACCUGCCUGAGCGCCUGGCGCCCGGCCGCUUUGACUACAUCGGACACAGCCACCAGCUCUUCCACAUCUGUGCUGUGCUGGGCACCCACUUCCAGCUGGAGGCCAUCCUCUGUGACGUGUGCUCGCGCCGGGCCUGGCUGCGGGGCCGCCUGCCCGCUCCCGGGCUCUCCGGCACCUUUGGCACUGCCGGGCUGGCCCUUUUGGGUUCAAUGUAG